AUGCAUCGAAUGCCAAACGAGUACGGCGUCUCCUCGUCCUCCUCGUCCUCUUCGAGAAACACCCAGGGUGUAGGUACCGAUCGGACGCGAGAGUUUUUCGCGACCGCGGAAAGAGUGAGCAAACAAUUGCACGGAAGUAGACACAGGAGUAGCAGUGGGGGAAGAAACGAAAACGACGACGAGAACGGCGCCGCGGCGAAAGGAGAAGGCUCGGAUUUUUACGCCGCCUCCUCCUCCUCGCACGUGGAGAAACAGCAGCAGCAGCAAUUCGGGUCUUCUUUGGAUGACGACGAUUUCAACAACAACAACAAAGGAGGAGGCUCUUCUUUGCAUCUCGCGAACGAGGCGCCGAAGAUGAAAUCUGUGUUCCACCAGAGAGCCUCGCGCGUCGGUCACGCCAUCCACUCCACGUCGCAAAAGCUGGACCGGUUGGCGCAACUCGCGAAGCGGUCGGGCGCGUUUGACGACUCGAGUCAAGAGAUUAACACGAUUUCCUUCGCGGUGAAAGAAGAUAUCAAGCAGUUGAACACGGCGAUCGCGGAGUUGCAACAGCUGGCGUUGCACGAGAGAGAGCAAAAGACGAAACAGUCGACGCAACAUUCGGAGACGAUCGUGGAGAGUUUGAAAGGACGGUUAAUGGACGCGACCAAGGCGUUUAAGGACGUGUUGAGCGAAAGGAAGGAGAGCGUGAAGAAUAACGAGAGAAGACGAUCGAUGUUUGGCGGCAGCGGUAGCAGUAGUUUACAAACGCAGCAACAGCAAGGCGGUGGGUUUCAAGGCGGAACUGGACGGUUUGCCAGCGUCAGCGCGGCUGCCACGACGGGGAGUUUCAUGAACGUGGGCGCGCGAAGUAGCGAACAACAACAAGGAGAACAACAAGGGAAUUUCGGCCACAUGAACCCGAUAUCCUUCAACCAAAACCAAGUCGCCGUCUACCAAGACCAAGACCAAAACUACGCCACCUCUCGCGCCGACGCCAUGCAAAACGUCGAGCGCACCAUCACCGAACUCGGCGGCAUUUUCCAACAACUCGCCACCAUGGUCAACGAACAAGGCGAGAUGGCCAUUCGCAUCGACGAAAACGUCGAAGACGUCGUCAUGAACGUCGACCAAGCGCAGGGUGAACUUCUGAAGUACUUGAACUACAUCAGUAACAAUCGGUGGUUGGCCAUGAAAGUCUUCGGCGUGCUCAUGGCUUUUCUCAUGUUCUUCAUAGUCUUCGUCGCUUAA